AUGCUGCAGUCUCAGUCUCUCUCCCCCUCCAUCUAUGCCAAGAACGUCUUCCUUGGGGGAGAAGCGCUGGGGGGGUUCUCUUGCUCGGGUCGCCAGCAGUACCUGCAGGUGCUGGAGAGCUUCCGCGCUUUGCCUGCUCCUCCAGGAGCAGAGAAGAGGAUUGACGUCAGGGUUUGGUCCUCCACUUCAUACUCGAGGACAGACAAGAAGGGAGGAGGAGGAGCAGCAGCAGCAGCAGCAGCUUCAGGACAAAGAGCAGGAGGAGGAAGAGGAGGAGGAGGAGGAGACGAGAUCUUUGCCAGUGCAGUCAUAUCGCUUCCUCUCCUCCUCCCUCCCAACAGCCUCGCCGGAGCAGGGCUGAUAGAGCCGAGUCUCCUCCCGGUGGAGAUCCGAUCUAAGUACCUAGUCAACGACGAGGGGAGGAUAAGGGAGCAUCGGGUAGAGGAGGUGCUGAUAGCAGGACAGACUGCUCUUGUCCCCCGCCUCCUCCGCUGGAUCAGACUCUCCCUCAAUGGAGACCUCGUCGGGGCUGCUGCAGUUGCUGUAGAGCUUGUACAGGCCUCUCUCCCCCUCUCCUCCUCUUCAACUCGCCUGAGGCUAUCCCCUCGCCUUCCUCCGAAACAGCCCCGAGACGCCCUCCCUGUUCCCGGUUCCUCCUCCUUUCCUCUCUUCCUCGACCUGCACAGGUUCGCCAACGAGCUCGAGCAAGACCUUCCGGAGCUGCUUGCGAGCGGGUGGGAGAGGAUGGCUGAGGGAGGGUGGCUGUCGGACAGCGUCAGGCUAGAGGAUGAGGAGGGGAGGAGUAUCAGUAGCGGACGUUCGCGCUACCUCAACUGGUGGAAGGGGCUGGCACAGAUGCAAGCUCUGCUGCUGGACGCGGGAGUAGUCUCCUCCCCGCGCUCGUCCUUCGACCUCUCGCUCAAUGGCAGGUGGUUCAACACAGGGCGGGAGCGGGAGGAGGAAGAGGAGCAGGAUCAGGAGGAGGUAUCCGUGGAUGUUGUCUUCAACUACAGCGCCACAGCAGCAUGGGCAACUCGUCCUGCAAGAGACUCUUCCUCGGGGGGCAGCUGGAUGGAGUUCAGGAAGAGUCGAGGGCCGGGAGCGACCGUCUCACAGUGGCGCGCGUACAAGGCAAGGACGGGGCAGAGAUCCUCUGUGAGCAGAGAGAAAUCACUCGUGACUGACUUGCUCUCGGGGCUCGAGAGCUUCUGGAGGGCUCAGAAUGUCUCCUCCUCCUCCUCCUCAUCCUCAUCCUCAUCCUCAUCCUCAUCCUCAUCCUCCCAAGGAGAGCUUACAGUCAGCGUGAAGUCGGCCUUCCUCCUACGGCCCUCCUCCAAGGACAGGCUCCAAGUCGUCCUCCACCGAAUCAGCUCGCUGAGGGUCAGGGACGAGGACGUGCGGUCUUCGGACCUCGCUCUCUUCCUCACCCCGAUCUUUCAGGGCCCCUUCGCUAGCCUUGCCUCCCCUGCCGACCUGCUCGCCCGAGCCUGGAACCCGGUGGGCUGGGGGUCGGGAUCGGACCUGUCGGCGGCAGAGAGGGAGGCGCUACGUGAGGACGAGCUGGGCAAGGAGGAGGAGCAGAGCAGCGAUCAGGCGUAUGUGCGAAACUUCUGGAUCUCGUUGCACGCACUGCAUGCUGACGUCAGGCAGCUGCUGGCCGCCCCCCCCUCGAACCCCAGAGCCUACAGCUCCUCCCUCCUCAUCGUCGGGCAACUCGGGGAGACUCUGGUGUCGGGGAGGGAAGACUUUCUUGUGCUAACGCGGAGGAUGCGGCGGCUGCUGGCGCGAGCUGGGCUGCAAGAGUCGAGGGAGGCGAAGGUGACGCUGCAGCAUCUGCCGUCGGACGAGCUCUUGCUGGCGAGCGAGUACCAGCUGAAUCUACGAACGCCGCUCGGAAACGGGGAGCUGGGGGAGGAGCAGGGGCUGAACAGGCUGCUGAGAGUGAAGGUGGAGGUUCAGUCGAGGGUGCUGCUAGGGGAGGACGGGAAGAUCGAGAGGGUCCAGCUGGAGUCGGUCAGGUUGAACGGCCAGCCGUCGGUCCCCCAGCAGAUUCGUCAGCUGCUGCAGCUGGAGGGAGAUGAACAAGAUGGGGAUGGAGGGAGCAGACUGGCGCUGCGGCUGCUGAAGAGUUUGAGCGACAUGCUGCAGUAG